AUGGCAGGUUCCAAGUACGCUUAUGUCAAAAAUUACGAGCUUCCGGACAACCUCCUUCCCGGGACCUUCAUGAUCAUGCGCAUCGAUGGGCAUGGUUUUCAUCGCUUUUCGACCGAGCAUUCUUUCGCAAAACCGAAUGACGAGCGCGCUCUUCGGCUCAUGGACUGUGCUGCUCAGAGCGUCAUGGACGAGUACAAAGACAUCGUGUUGGCCUUUGGGGAAUCGGACGAAUACAGCUUUUUGUUCCGCAAGGAUACGAAACUAUAUAAUCGGCGACAAACCAAGCUACUCUCCCUCAUACUCUCCCUGUUCACCUCAUCGUACAUAUUCCAUUGGCCUAAAUUCUUUCCAGACGAGAGUCUGAACUAUCCACCUUCCUUCGAUGCUCGCAUCGUGCUGUAUCCGAGCGCCAAAGAAGUUAGAGAUUAUUUCGCAUGGAGGCAGGUUGACACUCACAUCAACAACCUUUACAAUACCGCGUUUUGGGCGCUAGUCCAACAAGGAGGGGAAAGCACGACCCGAGCACACGCUCUGUUGAAGGGAACUGUAUCAGCUCAGAAGCACGAACUUCUAUUUUCCCGUUUCGGCAUCAACUACAACGGGAUUCCCGCGCGAUUCCGGAAGGGAAGUGUGUUAGUGCGCGAUGAAGUCAAAGACGCCAGAGAGAGCGGCGGGCAUGAUUUCGUACCGGAUGCAGGGACUCGGACGGACCUGUCAGAGGGGAGCCCGCUACCAGAUUCUUCACUCGCUGCAGGGGCGACGCCAGUCGCACAUCAGGGCAAGAAGAAAGUAAAGGCGAUCAAGACGGUGCGUAUAUUGCAUGAAGAUAUUGUGAGAAAUGAGUUUUGGGACGCGCGACCCGAGCUGCUCGAUGGAUGA